AUGUCUCAAACGCCUUUUAAUUUUUCAACUUUUGGAAAUGCAUCAUCAAAUUCUCAAACAAAUACUGGUGGUACUGGUUUGUCAGCAUUUGGGAACACUGCUUCUACAACUAGUGGGGGAGGAACAAAUCAAGGGUUUUCUUUUGGAAGUAAACCAGCUACCACCACUGCUUUUGGUGGAAUUGCCAAUAAUCCUUUAAUAACGGGUACUUUUCAGGCCCCUGGUACGAGUACCAACAUAUCAAGUAGUGGUUUAAAACCAGGCAAUACUACUGGAAAUGUCUUUACUUUUGGAAAUCCUACAGGUAGUGGAACUGGGACUACAACCACAACAGCACCUAGUUUAUUAAUGCCGUCAUUAAGCUCAAUUGGUACAACAGCAGUUAAUAAAAGUUCUUUUGGCUGGCCAUCAACAUCAACUGCCACUACCUCUGCUCAGUUGUUUUCAGGUAUUGGUGGAAGUGGUGGAACCACUACAGCACCAAGUAUGAACUAUUUAAGUAGAAACAUUUUUCAAGGAACAGGAACUAGUGCCACUAACACCAGCACAUUAGGAAUUUCAACAGGACAAUUCAAUAUUAACAGUAUAACAAAGAAAACUCGGUUUUCUGAUCUACCAGAAAAUAUAAAAAAUGAACUUAUAAAAAUAGAUAAACACAUACAAGAUCAAAAAAUAUUAAUGUCAUCUAUCAAUUCCAUGACACUUCCCAAUAUUAAACUACAACUGCAAGAUGUUAAUAAUGAAAUUUAUGCUUUAUCUCAGAAAGUAUCUCAAAUAAAUAACGACAUACAAAGUGAUCAAACCAUAAUGAAGGAUUUAUUGAAUGAUACUUAUAUUCAAUCAAGUUAUGCGGAAACUGUUCGCCAAUUCUAUGAUGCAGCAUCUCGUGGACAAAACGACACAGUAAAACAAUUUGGUGAUACAGUUUUUCUAAAGUUCUAUUAUGAUUUGAUACUAUCAUUCGAUAGUAGAUUGCAACAAUAUGAAAUAAAUAUUGAGGAAUUAGAUCGACAGUUUAAGAACUUGAAUGAUAAAUCUCGAUAUGAAAGUAGUAGCGCAUUAUCAGAAUCUCUGCACAAUCAAUAUGCUACUUUAAUGUCAGUAGCUGGCAAAGUAGCCUUUCUACAUGAAAAUGUUGAAGCAUUAAAACAAAAAUAUUUAAAUUUUAUGAAAACUAACUUUCUCGAAGACACAAAUCCAUUUACCCAAUAA